AUGGUGAUCCUGGACGUCAAGCGUUCGGAGAAGAAGAACGAGUUCCUCUACGAGACGACGGUCAAGGUGGGUGUCUCUGAGCUGCUGCAGGAGCUCUGCGAGGUGCACAACCUGCGCCUGAAGGUGCUGCGAGUGGCGGCGACGUGCAAGGAGCUGGCAAAGCACGGGCCGAUCCGCCCAGAGGAGACGCGGGGCAUCUCCGACGACCUCAGCAAGGUAUCCGAGCUCGAUGUGAACGCCUACGGGGCGCCCACCAACCCGGACGAGCACGGCUUCCGCACUGGCGUGCCUCCGCCGCCCGAGGUGGCCGAGGUGAUGAGCAGGACUGCCGAGGAGGCCGAGGCUGGCGUCUCGGUCGAGCUGGUCGGGCAGAGGCGGUGCUUAGACAAGAAGACCUGCCAGACGUAUCUGGACAACCUGCGCGGAGCCGUGAUGAUCGCAUACCCCGCCUUUCACAGGCUGCCCGUUUACGACCCCACGCGACUGGAGCUGGAGGACAACGAGGAGCUGGACGGGCAGUCCGAGCUGCAGCAGGUAUUGGACCACACGCAGACGAACCUCUGGUGGGCGGGCAAGCAGCUGAUGCCCGACAAAGUUUUGGAGGAAUACGUGGGCCGGAACGAGAAGACGAAGAUCGUCGCCAAGCUGGCGCCCAAGACUGCUGGCGCGCCUGUGCGUGAGCCGCGCAUUGACGAGAACACGCACAAGGCAAUGAUGGCACAUUAUUACAAGAAGCAAGAGGAGAACAAGAAAUUGGAGACCGACGAUGACGACUCGUACUUGGACUCGCAGUGGGCCAACCCGAAGUCCCUCAAGCAGUCCCUUGUGGGUGGCGGUCGCCCCAUCAUAGCAAGACCUGGCGGCAAGUGA